CAUUUGGGGUAUGAAGAAGCUUCCCCAUACCAAGAAGAUUUCCUUCCACAACCCCAGGAGAAAUCCAAGUUGGAGUUGGCCAUGGAGGACUUCAUGGGACAAUCAUCAAACCAUGUGCCAUUCCACAACCGGAGCCAAAGAGAAACCGAGAGCACAUGGUGGAGAAAUUUUCCCUGGGUACUAAUGAGGGAUGCUCCAAUUUGGAUCUUCCCAUCACCGGCCCUAUCGACUCAACCUUUCUUCGGGAAUCGGAACAGCUCCAUCGACGCACGAAGAGGCUAGGAGGGCUUGUAGAGCAAGCAUGUGCACAACUUGCUCACAAUCACCUCCUAACAUUGGAAGAAAGAGAGGAAAUCGAAGAGGCGAGCCAUGAGAAUUUUGAAAGAACGAGCUCCGACAUGGAUUUCCAACCCCUCCCUCCUCCCGGUUUGAAACUAGAAGAUAAAGUGGCACGAGCUUGUGAAAGCUACCGCCUCUCGUUAUUGGAGGAGAAAGAGGAGGUGGAAGGGGCACUCAAUGACAACCAUGUGGAGCUAGAGGAACUCACCCCAGAGAGCUCUCAUAGUGAGGACGAACAAGAAGGUUGCAUUGACGACUCCCAUCAUCUUGCCCUUCUUGAAAGCAACUUUGAAGACCAAGUCACGAGUGCGGAGGAGCAAGACAAUCCCUUCUAUGAGCUUUCAUGGCAUCUUGCCCUCCAAACCGUGCUUGAAGACAUGAAUGGGAAGGAGGAAGAAGUGGUUGAAGAGGAGGAAGUGAGCAUUGAAGAGGAGGAAGAUCUUCGGUGUUCCCAUUUGGAUGAAAUAAAUAUUGAAGAAGGAAGGGAGGUUGAAGUUGAAGAAUAAGGAGAAAGCGGUGUCCGAGCAAUGGACGAGGUCGAGGUGGAUGAAGCAUCCACAAGUUACAAGUGCUAUGAAAGAUUUCCGCCCGACCUUGACGCGCUUUUGGAGAAUGACCGUUUCUGGCUCUUUUCCAAGCCAAGGCCAAGCCAUCAGCGAUCCCCCUUGGUGGGAGGCAACCCAACCAUCAACGGUGCAUCUCUCUUACUUUCAAUAAGACGACCAAUGGAGAGUUUUUUGUGGUUUUUUGCCGUCUCCUUGCUCUUCCAGAUCUCGCCUGACCUCCGAUCCCGACCACCAACAUUCACAUCAUAUCCGGUAACAUCGUUUACUUCCCUAUUUUACGCCAUUGAGGGCAAUGUUGAGCUUAGGUGCAUGUGUGUGUGUGGGGGGGGGGGGGGGGGGGUAGUCUAUUAUGCAUGUGUGUGUGAAUGUUUGGUAUGAUUUUGAAUGCUUGGAGCCUUGAUGUAUGCCCAAAUUUUUAAAAUUUGAGGUCUCCAAGCAUAGUAACUUCUACAUUUGCAUGAUCGUAGUGGCACUUGUAAUUUGUUUUGAAUCUCGUAGGUAUUAGCAUGAUCUAUGGAUGGUUUGCUUGUGAUUAUGUGCAACCUAUGAUGAUGACUGAGACAUGUAUUAGGUUUGUGCAUAUGUUCAUUUCUAAUGAGUUUGUGAACCGAUAAAUGUUUUGAAUCGAU